AUGUACAAUGAAUUUCAGCGUGUAUUCAGUUAUCUGCCACUGGCAGCUAUUAUAAAAACUCAAUUCCUCUUAGUGAGUGGCGGCAUAUCACAGUGGAUGACUUGCCCGGAAAAUAUCAGUAAUCUGCAGAAGCCACUUCAUCCCGGCAAUAUGAAAUUUCUGGAGCGCUGUCUUGUUGCUGAUAUUUUGUUCGCAACGCCAGAAUCCAUGUUGCGGUAA